UCUCUCCAGCGAGCGUCCGCACCAUCCGGAAACGAUUCCGCUCUUUUACCCUGCCACUAUCUUAAGAGGCAACCGAGAGUCGACAUACCUUUACGUUUUGUUUGUAGGUUGUAUUUUUGGAGGGAUCUGGUAUUAGUGUUGCGCCACGCGCUUGGGUCUUGCUCUGGCUCCGUUUUAGGUGGAAAAAAUGGAAGGCGGGAGAUGAGCCACGUCCGAGCCGAACGCGUUUUUGCCCGCUAAUCCAUCUUGUUGCACCGGACUCGUGUCGUGGGCAAUGGAAAAUCUCGUUUGGCGAAACAGCAUCGCAUUUUGUCUUUUCUGAAGAAUGUCUUCAAGUAUGUGGGAAAAAUAGCCAUAGCUUCUGGAGUGUAAGGCCAAAUGACAUAGGAUGAAGGCUGUUCGUAAUUUGUUGAUUUAUAUAUUUUCCACCUAUCUAUUGGUUAUGUUUGGAUAUACCAGUGCCCAAGAUUUCUGGUGUUCCACACUGGUUAAGGGAGUUAUUUAUGGAUCUUACUCUGUUAAUGAGAUGUUCCCGAAGAACUUCACAAACUGCACGUGGACAUUGGAAAACCCUGAUCCUACCAAAUACAGCAUCUACCUGAAACUCUACACACGUGAAAUAAGUUGCUCCGAGUUCUCCCUUUUGGUUUACCAGUUCGACCACUUCUCUCAUGAGAAGAUCAAUGAACUCUUAAAGAUCAACGAAUCCAUUGUGUACCUGUGUGACGCAAAGAAUAUUUACGUGUUUUUACAUUAUGACAAAAAUUUUGUUCAGAUACGGCGGGUGUUCCCCUACGACUACAAUGGAUUGGUUGCAAAGAAAAAGGAGGAAGAUGAGAAGUCAGUGGUGGAGUUUGUGGUUUUAAACAAGGCGAGUCCGAGCCAGUUUGGAUGUCAGGUCUUAUGCAUGUGGUUGGAAAAUUGUCUGAAGGGAGAGAAAGGGUCGGUGGAGUCGUGUGGAAUAGUGUACUCCAAAUGCACUUGCCCUCAGCAUUUGGGUGAUGGGGAAUCUGAGAGUGUUUUAAUGCUCAGCAAUGUGGUGCUGCCUUUAAAUCCACGAACCGAAGGGUGCCUAACGGCGCAGCUGCGCACACCACAUGCGUGCAAUCUGAGUGCAGAGGUCAAACGGCCAUCCAAGGAGGAAUUUGGAAUGAUCGGAGAGCAUACAGUAAAAAGCCAACGGCCAAGAUCAGUUCAUGACACAAAGGGCCAACAGGAGCGAGAUGAGUCUGCUAAAUUUAUGGCACAAACUGGUGACCCAGGUGCUGAGGAGUGGUCCCAGUGGAGCUCUUGCUCAGUUACAUGUGGUCAAGGGUCGCAAGUGCGAACAAGAACAUGUGUCUCACCUUUCGGAACACACUGCAGCGGCCCUUUAAGAGAAUCAAGGGUUUGCAAUAACACUGCCCCUUGUCCAGUGCAUGGUGUGUGGGAGGAGUGGUCUCCAUGGAGUCUGUGCUCUUUUACCUGUGGUCGGGGUCACCGCACCCGAACCCGAGUCUGCACACCACCUCAGCAUGGUGGUAGGGGCUGUGAUGGCCCAGAGACUCAGAGUAAACUCUGCAACAUCGCCCUAUGCCCAGUGGACGGUCAGUGGCAGGAAUGGAGUGCAUGGAGUGAUUGCUCAGUCACCUGUGCCAAUGGGACACAGCAGCGAAAGAGGCAGUGCUCGGCUGCUGCUCAUGGAGGUUCAGAGUGUCGCGGCCACUGGGCUGAGAGCCGAGAGUGCCACAACCCCGAGUGCACAGCAAAUGGCCAGUGGAACCCUUGGGGCCCAUGGAGUGGGUGUUCAAAGUCAUGUGAUGGAGGCUGGCAGCGGCGUGUACGGGUGUGCCAAGGCCUAGCUGUCACAGGGCAACAGUGUGAAGGCAAUGGAGAAGAAGUCCACAAAUGCAGCGAGCAACGUUGCCCAGCUCCCUAUGAGAUUUGUCCUGAGGACUAUGCAGUUUCCAUGUUGUGGAGGAGAACGCCAUCUGGAGAAUUAGCCUUCAACAGAUGCCCACCCAAUGCCACAGGCACCACAAGUCGACGCUGCUCUCUAGAUCACCGUGGGGUAGCAUAUUGGGAGCAGCCCAGCUAUGCUCGAUGCAUCCAAAAUGAAUACAGAUACUUACAGCAGUCGGUCCAGGGACACCUUGCCAAGGGCCAGAGAAAUCUGGCAGGAGAUGGCAUGUCCCAAGUAACCAAAGUAUUGCUGGACCUCACUCAGAGACGCAACUUUUAUGCCGGUGACCUGCUUUCCUCUGUGGAAAUCUUAUGGAAUGUUACUGACACUUUUAAAAGAGCCAGCUACGAACCAUCCUCAGAUGAUGUACAGAACUUUUUCCAGAUCAUCAGUAAUCUACUGGAGGAAGAGAACCGCGAAAAAUGGGAAGAUGCUCAGCAGAUCUAUCCAGGUGCAGUGGAGCUGAUGCAGGUCAUUGAGGAGUUUAUACACAUUGUUGGCCUCGGCAUGAAGGAUUUCCACAAUGCUUACUUGAUGACCGGAAACCUGGUGGCCAGCAUCCAGAGGCUCCCUGCAGUAUCGGUGAUGACUGAUAUUAAUUUUCCAAUGAAGGGACGGAAGGGUAUGGUGGACUGGGCCAGGAACUCUGAGGACAAAGUGGUCAUCCCUAAAGGCAUUUUUAUUCCCCAAAGUGCAGAUGUGGAUGGCUCUCCAGUUUUUAUUCUUGGCACAGUCCUCUACAAGACAUUGGGACUUAUGCUACCUGCCCCAAGGAACAACACUGCUGUGAACUCCAAAGUCAUUGCUGUGACAAUGAGACCAGAGCCCAGAGUCAAAGAAGCUCAGAUGGAGAUAGAACUUGCUCACUUGGCCAAUGGAACAAUGAAUCCAUUUUGUGUUCUCUGGGAUAACUCUCUCAUGAACAAUUCAUGGGGAAGCUGGUCCUCCAAAGGAUGUAAAACGGUGCUUACAGAUGCAUCCCAUACAAAAUGCUUAUGUGAUCGCGUGUCUACCUUCGCCAUUUUGGCUCAACAACCUAUAGAAAUAGCUAUGGAGUACUCAGGGGUCCCAUCCGUGACACUGAUUGUGGGCUGUGGCCUAUCUUGCAUAGCUUUGAUCACCCUGGCUGUGGUGUAUGCUGUAUUAUGGAGGUACAUUAGGUCUGAGAGGUCCAUCAUACUGAUCAACUUUUGCCUUUCAAUCAUCUGCUCCAACAUCCUGAUUUUGGUGGGACAGACACAAACCCAUAAUGCGGGCAUCUGCACGAUGACGACAGCUUUUCUGCACUUUUUCUUCCUGGCAUCAUUUUGCUGGGUUCUGACUGAGGCCUGGCAGUCCUACAUGGCUGUAACAGGGAAGGUGCGGACCAGACUCAUCCGCAAACGCUUCCUCUGUCUGGGUUGGGGUUUGCCUGCCUUGGUGGUUGCCAUCUCAAUAGGAUUCACAAAAGCCAAAGGCUAUGGGACACCACAAUAUUGUUGGCUCUCUCUGGAGGGAGGACUGCUAUAUGCAUUUGUUGGACCUGCUGCUGCAGUAGUGCUUGUCAAUAUGGUGAUUGGUAUUCUGGUGUUCAAUAAACUGGUUUCCAGAGAUGGCAUAUUGGACAAGAAGCUAAAACACAGAGCAGGGCAGAUGAGUGAGCCACAUACAGGAUUAACUUUAAAGUGCGCAAAGUGUGGUGUUGUCUCCACAACUGCUUUAUCAGCAACUACAGCCAGCAAUGCCAUGGCCUCUCUUUGGAGUUCCUGUGUAGUUUUGCCUCUUCUGGCACUCACCUGGAUGUCAGCUGUGCUUGCCAUGACAGACAAGCGCUCCAUCCUUUUCCAGAUCCUAUUUGCCGUCUUUGACUCACUUCAAGGCUUUGUCAUAGUCAUGGUGCACUGUAUCCUCCGCAGAGAGGUGCAGGAUGCCUUUAGAUGUAGACUGAGGAACUGUAAAGACCCUAUCAGCGCUGAUGCAACUGGCACUUUCCCUAAUGGCCAUGCACAAAUUAUGACUGAUUUCGAAAAAGACGUGGACAUAGCCUGUCGAUCAGCUCUCCAUAAAGAUAUGGGAUCCUGUCGUGCUGCCACCAUCACCGGAACACUGUCACGCAUUUCCCUUAAUGACGAAGAGGAAGAAAAAGGCCCAGAGGCCCUAAACUACUCCACUUUGCCGGGUAACAUCAUAUCGAAAGUGAUCAUUCAACAACCGUCAGGCCUGCACAUGCCCAUGAGUGAGCCAUGUCUGGGCGAGAGUGCCAGUGACAUGCACCGCACCGUUUAUUUGUGUACAGAUGAUGGUAUGAGGCAGAGUGAACAAGAGCUCAGCAGCCAUGUGCAGCAAGGUCCCAUGGAGACGGACUACAUCGUGAUGCCUCGGGCCUCAGCAGCAGCAUCACUGCCCACUGGCUCAAGCAGCGUUCCCACUCUGCUGAAGGAGGAUAGCAAGAGAAACAUUGCAAUGGACACUCUGCAAAAUGACAGGUUGAUGCACUACAAGGUGGGCACUGAGUUUAACAUUGGCCCAUCAGGCAUGGAUCAUAUGAGCGCAGGCAUGGAGCAGCAGUUUCCUGGAGCUUUGGAACACAUGCAGACCCUGCCAUUUGAGCCACGCACCGCUGUCAAGAACUUCCUAGCUGAAAUGGAAGAGUCUGCAGGAAUGGCACGAAGUGAGACUGGCUCAACUACCUCCAUGAGCUCUUUAGAGAGGAGAAAGUCAAGGUACCAGGACCUCGACUUUGAGAAAGUCAUGCACACCAGGAAAAGACACAUGGAGCUGUUCCAGGAACUGAAUCAGAAAUUUCAAACCCUGGACCGAUUUCGAGACAUACCAAAUAUGGGCAGCAUGGAGAAGGCAAUGCCCAAUAAAAACCCUUGGGAAAGCUACAUCCCAAGCUGUGAGUACCAGAACUACGCUACAAUGAAUGUACUGGAGUCAGACCCCAAGGACUCUCUGGAGAUGACCCCUGCUGAGUGGGAAAAAUGUGUAAACCUUCCAUUGGAUGUCCAAGAGGGAGACUUCCAAACAGAGGUGUAAUCAGAGGAUCAGAGGAACAGAGGAAAGAAUGAAGCAGGACAUAUUUUGCACUGGAAAAAAGUGGAAACCACUUCAGGCAGCCUUGGCAAGACAUAUCUGGGUCCUAGAAAUAUAGCAGGGACAUUAUGUGCCAAUAAGAUUUUAAAAAGGACUAAAGGAGAUAUAAAAGUGAUUUAAAAGACAAAAACAUCAUUUUUUCUAUUCUCACUAGUGUACUUAGUGAGGGAGCAGCAAGGUGUAUAAUAUAACCAUCAUGUGUUUUGAACAUAUCCGUCGAAGAGAAUUGGAUCUACAAAAGGUAUAUCUUUCUAGAUGAGACCUCAAAUAUAGAAAACACACCGUGACACUAUGCUACGUCAACCCAAAAGCUUCAUUGGGCUCAGUUUUUUUUUUUAGUUCAGUGGUGACUGAGUCCAGGAGCACAAUGUACAUACUUAUGCAGGUUUUUAAAAGGUUUAUAACAAGUCAGUUUGGCCAUUACUACACUUUUUACUUUAUGACACGAAAAAUAUUUGGAGAGGCAAAGAGGAUUUUUCCUGAUUUAAAAAUGAAUGUUUGUCAAGCUACAUUCUUCAUUGCUUUAAAUGCAAUAAAGGUAAUACUCACUUUUAUAUGAAUAAUAUAUUUCACAACUUUAAUACUGCAGAAUCUGCUUGAAGGCACUCAGCAAGCUCUCUCAUCUGCAGCCCUGUAUAAAAUAUUUAAAAAUGAAAAAUGUUGUAUGGUGUAAAUAAAACUUUUGUCUACAUCUGUUUUACUUGUGUCAAGUUUAUUUUGAUGAGAAAAGAUUUAAAAUGCCAACCUGAUGAGAUACCAGAAAAAUGUUAACAUUUGAAAAAGGAAUGUAAAUAAAAGAGAUAAUAUGUUCAUAAUG